UCCAACUUUCUAUCAGUGAAAAAGAAGAGAGCUGAAGUUUCUGUCCUCGACGCAAAACCCCUCCAAGAUGCUGCACUCCUGAUAUAACUUGAACGCUCUGGACGCGAUGCGACACUUUCACCUGUAAUGUCUGGCGAAACAAGCGCGCAAAGGGACGUCUAGUUCUCGAAACAGGGAUCUUCAGCAUGUAGAAUGGACGUCAACACAGACAUCGCGUUUAAAACCACUGGAUGCGCAUGGUUAAGUCCAGUCAGUGAUCUGGUUGGAGUCCCUUUGGAUCAGGUGAAUUUCAUUGCAUGUCAGGUGUUUGGACUAGCAGCUGCAUUCUGGUUUCGACUCUAUCUCAAUCCUCAGCAUGCCAGCAUUGAGAUUCGACAUGCUGUCGCUGCCCUCCUUGGAGCUUCAAUCAUCAUGUUUUGCUUUGGCUGGUUUGCAGUACACAUCUUCAUCCUGGUUUUGGCUUGCUAUGGAAUUAUGCUCAAAGCCAGCCUCCACAAUGUUCACAGGUAUACAAUGAUUGCAGCAGUUGGAUACCUCACAUUAUGCCAAGUCAGUAGAGUCUUCAUAUUCAACUAUGGCAUUCUGUCCACGGAUUUCUCAGGUCCUAUGAUGAUAAUAACACAGAAGAUCACCACACUCGCCUUUCAGGUGCAUGACGGAAUGUGUCGAAAGCAGGAGGAACUGAAGGAGGAUCAGAGGCGUAUGGCAGUACACUCAAAGCCAUCACUGUUGGAGUACCUAAGCUACAAUAUAAAUUUCCUGAGUGUCCUGGUGGGGCCCUGCAGUAACUUUAAAGACUAUAUGGAGUUUAUACAGGGCCAGCAUGCUCAUCACAGGCUGAGGAGAGUGAAAGCCAGCAGCCCGCAGCAGAACGGCUGGGACAGAGUGCCCGAGCCAUCGCCUGUGAGGCCAGUGAUUAAAAAGCUGCUUGUGUGCACUGGCUCUCUGCUCUGGUUCUUCAUCAUCACCAAAGCAUUCCCCAUAAACUACAAUGUGGACCCACAAUUCAUCAACAAGGCCUCUUUCAUCAGCAGAUUGGCCUAUGCCUUCAUUUCCAUCCAGGCAGCCAGACCCAAGUUCUAUUUUGCAUGGACUCUCGCGGAUGCCGUUCAUAACGCAGCAGGGUUUGGAAUCAGCAAUGUGGACGAGAGAGGGCAAGUGUCCUGGGACCUCGUCUCCAACGUUCAUAUCUGGCAGAUUGAGACAGCGACUAGUUUCAAAUCAUUCAUCGACAACUGGAAUAUACAGACUGCUUUGUGGCUGAAAAGUGUGUGUUAUGAUCGAGUGCCUCAUUACCGUACGCCCCUCACGUUUGUGCUGUCAGCCAUGUGGCACGGAGUUUACCCAGGAUACUACUUUACCUUCAUCACAGCUAUACCCAUCACCUUUGCAUCCCGUGCUGUGCGCAGAAAUUUCCGGCAGUAUUUUUUGUCUUCCCACCAGCUCAAGUUCUGCUAUGAUGUGGUGACGUGGGCUGCCACUCAGCUGACUAUCUGCUACACUGUAAUGCCAUUUCUUCUGCUGGCAGUGGAGCCUACCAUGCAGUAUUACAGGUCAAUGUACUUUCAUGUGCACAUCAUCAGCAUUCUGGCUAUGCUCCUCCUGCCCAGCAAACCCAGGGGCUCCAAGCCUGAAAGCAGUGCCCGACAUGCCAACAAUAAUGUGAAAGAGGACUGAACCCUUCUGAUGUGUGUGUGUGUGUGUGUGUGUGUGUGUGUGUGUGUGUGUGUGUGUGUGUGUGUGUGUGUGUGUGUGUGUGUGUGGACGGAGAGAGCAGAGGCAUGGAUGGACAAAGGCCACUCUGUGUGAAGCAAAUACAAAGAGCUCAGACGGGCCUUCACUUGC